AUGCUUCUGGCCUUUCUGCUCUCCUUCUUGGGUAAGUUUAUUUGAAUAGUGUCUGAUAUGUAACGUUGUCUUUGAUUGUAGCUUUGUUCAAUGUUAUGAUGGAUAAACAGACCGGAGUAACGUCCGACGAGACAAGAGAGUAAGUUAGAAUAAUAUUUCUUUAAAAACUACAGUUUAUAUUGCAAUUAUGACCAAAUUGUGGUGUUUUAGAGAGAUGGAAGCCUUCAGAAACGAAGUAUCGGAGCUCAGAAAUCAUGUAAAUCGACUGAAACACAGUAUCAGGACUAGUCAGGUCAUUGAAAAGUAAGAAACUCGUAGAAUACAAGGACUGUUUAAGGCCAGCUAAUUCAUUUACAAAGGUAAAACCUCGAAACGAAGAAACCAGAAAGAGGAUUCUGGUGACUGGAGGUACCGGAUUCGUAGGAUCUCAUCUUGUGGACAAGCUCAUGAUGGACGGUCAUGAAGUUAUUGCUCUGGACAACUAUUUUACCGGUCGGAGAAGGAACGUUGAGCACUGGAUCGGUCACCCGAACUUCGAUCUCGUACAUCACGAUGUCGUGAAUCCAUAUUUUACUGAAGGUAGGCACCUGUAUUUUGUCAAUACAAUUGAAAGCUGGGUUUUUAUUCUGUACCAUGAGGACAUAUAGGUAUUAAAAUAUAAAAUAUGGUUUCAUUUAGUUAAACAACUAAUAUCAACUAAUUUUUCAAUUUUAGUGGACCAGAUAUAUCAUUUGGCAUCGCCAGCAUCUCCGCCACACUAUAUGUACAAUCCAGUCAAGACCAUCAAAACUAAUACUGUAGGCACCAUCAACAUGCUUGGAUUGGCAAGGUAAUGUGACAAUCUUGAUUCUAAUGUCUAUUUAGACGAGUGAAAGCUAGAAUGUUGUUGGCGUCGACUUCUGAAGUGUACGGUGAUCCAGAAGUGCAUCCACAACCAGAAACCUACUGGGGCCAUGUGAAUCCAAUCGGGCCUCGUUCUUGUUACGAUGAAGGCAAGCGUGUAGCUGAGAGUCUGAUGGUCGCUUAUCAAAAACAGGUAAUGAGUACGCUGUUGUUAAAGGUGUAUGAGUAGUCUUCAACAGUAAUACAGUAACACACGCAGGUAUUGUAAUGUAACUGACAGUUUCUAAUGUUUGUAAGAAUAAAAAAUAUCCUUAACUGCUAUAAAAUAUGGUGUUUAGGAAAACGUGACGAUCCGCAUUGCACGUAUCUUCAAUACAUUUGGACCCCGUAUGCAUAUGAAUGAUGGUCGAGUAGUGAGCAACUUCAUCAUUCAAGCUCUGCAAGGGAAACCCAUCUCCAUCUAUGGAGCAGGCAACCAGACCAGAAGCUUCCAGUACGUAUCUGACCUUGUGGAUGGGUUGAUCGCUUUAAUGAACAGUAACACAUCGCUGCCAGUAAACAUAGGAAACCCGGAAGAACAUACGAUAUACAACUUUGCACAAAUCAUUCAAGAGUUAGUGGGAAGUGGCAGUACAGUCGAGAACAAAGAGAAGGCGACAGACGAUCCACAACAAAGGAAACCUGACAUCAGAAGGGCAGCUGAGCUACUCAACUGGCAGCCAAAGGCAAGUUUAUUGGUUACUGAUUAUAAGGAAAAAUGUUCAAGCUGUUUAAAAUAACCUCAAUUUUUAAGUCGUAACUUAUAAAAGUAUUUCAGUGUCACAAAAAAAAUUUUAAAAAAAACUUUUCUUGAAAGCCUCUUUGUAGUUAUAAGUCACUAUAUUAACGACCACAUUUCAGGUGUCCAUGAGAGAUGGGCUCAAGAAGACGAUCGACUACUUCAGGGAAGAGCUGGAGCAGGAACGAGAAAAGGGCAAAAACCGAACAGUUUAA